AUGGCAGUGCCGAACCCAACUCUUACGCACGAAAUACUACCUUUUCAACAUACUUCUCACAGUACGACGUCACCGGAAGCUUCUAAACGAAGAAUUAGAAGAGCUGCUACAAGCCAACCUGAAUUGCUUUGGAAAGAUGGUAUCGUGCCAUACAAAAUAUCUGACAGAUUUUUAGGCAAGGAAAAAUUGGUAAUCCACAAAGCUUUUCAGCAUUGGGAAGAACGUACAUGUUUGUCAUUUGUUGAAAGAACGACGGAAACUGAAUAUGUUAUUUUUCAACGUAAUCCAAAGUGCGGUUGUGUUUCUUAUGUUGGUCGCAUGGGUGAAAAUCAAGCGCAAGGCAUCAACUUAUCAGAAAAGUGUGUUAUAUUUGGUUCUGUAUUACAUGAAAUUGGACACUUGAUUGGAUUCUGGCAUGAAUUUACUAGACCAGAUCGUGAUCAACACUUAACUGUAAUCACACAAAACAUUCAAACAGAAAAAUUGGUAAAUUUUGUGAAAAAAGCAACAAAAGAAGUCAAUUCCUUUGGAAUCAAAUACGAUUUUGAAAGCAUAAUGCAUUAUUCACAAAGCGCUUUUUCCAAAAACCCGUCAUUUGCUGACACCAUCAUACCGAAAACACAUGUUAACAUUGUACCAGUUGCACAACGGAAGGAAAUAAGCAAUCUCGACGUUGUGCAGACAAACUUGUUAUAUAAGUGUCCAUCUUGCAUGACAACCUACACGAAGUCAAAAGGGAUUAUUAAUUACCAAGUUUUAAAUGUCCAAAAUGCUUCUCACGCAUGUCAUUGGAGGAUAUUCGCACCUGCGGGGCAAUUAAUAAAACUAAAUUUCGUCCAAGUAAAUUUUAUAUUGCCUUGUGAAAGUUCGUACUUAGCUAUUCGAAAUGGAAAACACUCAUCAUCUCCACUUCUUGAGAAGUUUUGCAAGGAUAAAAAACCACCAAAAAGUAUGACGUUGUUUUCACAGAGUUUGUUCAUACAGUAUUACAUGGACAGAGCCGAUGAUUCUAACAAGAAUCAAGGCGUUGACAUGAAGUUGUCUUAUAGAGUAUUGUGUGGUGGUCAGUUAACAUCAGCGUCUGGUGUUAUAAACUCACCAAAUUAUCCAAAUACGUACGACAGUAAUCAAUUUUGUGAGUGGAAUAUCACAGUAGCCGAAAACAGUACGGUUGCGUUUGAUUUCAAACUUCUACGAGUUAUGAAAAGUAAAAAUUGCAUGAAAGAUUAUAUCGAGAUUAUUGAUAGUGCGCUUGGUGAAAGCCUUGGACGCUUUUGUAAAUUUCGACAAGUUAAACUUUUCACCACAAGCAGUAACAAAGCAACUGUUAGAUUUCAUUCAAAUGGAAACAAAGUGAAAGAUGGAUUUUCGCUGUCGUAUUUUACAGAAACCAAUGAAUGCGCGACUAAUAAUGGGAACUGUGAGCACGAAUGCAUUAAUCUGAUUGGUGGAUAUAAAUGCGCAUGCGCAGCAAAUUAUCAAUGGAAUCAUAAAAGACAAAGAUGUGAACCAACCUGCAUUCAAACAUACAACAUGAAACCUAACGAUGUUAAAGCGUUGACUUCACCAAAUUACCCAUCAUACUAUCCAAACAACAAAAGUUGCAAAUGGAGGUUUAUAGGCCUACCAGGAUAUAAAGUUUAUCUCAAUGUGAAAGUUUUUAAAUUGGAACAUGCGCAGUCGUGUGAUAACGCAUCAGAUCGAGUUGAUAUUCUGGAGAAAGGAAGGCACAUCAUGUCCUUAUGUGGUGAUUUAGUGACGCCGAUAAAGUUAACGUCAGUCAACCAAGAAAUGACGGUGAAGUUUACGUCGAACGAUGAAAACAAUAGUCAAGGCUUUUAUGCUGAAGUUCAACUGGAUCCAAUUUUAGUCUUCACCAUAGGGCUGUACCAUCUAUCCUCGAUUUUACUGAAAUCUUUAAGAUCGCAUUUUACCUUGAAGAUGCUAUCCUUAAAUAGAGCCCGACUAUAUUUUGUGUAUUUUUUCUUUUUUGUAGACAAAAAUGAAUGUGAAAUUAAGAAUGGCGGAUGUCAACAUAUCUGCAAGAACAUUUUGAAAUCAUUUGAGUGUGAAUGUCGACCCGGGUAUGAAUUGAGCAAAGAUAAGCGGACAUGUAAGCCAGGAAAUUGCACGUUUGCAUCAACUAAAAAUCGAGGAAUAAUAACUUCUCCCGAUUAUCCUGAUAUAUAUCCGGGAGAUAAUACAUGUUCAUGGGUUUUAAAGACAACACCAGGACACAAAUACAUCAUAGAUGUUUUGACGCCCCGCAAAGAUUGGAAUGCUUACAGGUUAUGCCCAGUCUCUCUGCAACACCUUCAUGAAGAGAACUGGAUAGGAGAUCGGAAUUUAUGUUUACUAUUAUCCAAAAACAAACCCAUUGAAUCAACCAAUCAUGUGGCAAGGUUAAAGUUCCAAUCGAAACCAAACACUCAUGGUUUUAAAUUUAGGCUGUCAUACAGAACAACUUGUGGUGGCCAACUCAAAGCAACAAAACACAGUCAAAAUAUUUUCUCUCAUGUUGGUUAUAUGGACAGACUGAAAUAUCCCGUAAAUCAAAAUUGUUCCUGGGUUAUUACGACUGGAAAAAGAAGACAGAUCAGGAUACGAUUCAAAAAAUUCAACAUGGAACACGAGCCAUGUGUUUUCGAUUAUGUUAACAUCUACGAUGGUGCGUUUUCGUACUCCCCCUUGAUUGCACGAUUGUGUGGAUCCAAGUUGUCACAAAAGGUCUACACGUCAACAAAUAACGCGCUAAGAAUAAGCUUUGUCACGGAUGCGAAUUUUAAUAGAUAUGGGUUUGCAUUAGAGUAUAGCAAAGUACAUUCUGAUUUGAAUACGAAGAAAAAAGAACAGAAAAAGAACGCAGUUGUAACUGCCGUGAGAAGAACGAGAGAUUUCUUUCUUUUUGAAGUCGAUUCUUCAAAAUAAAUUAUAUUUAUUUGUAAUUAUUUUAUCCUUAUUUUCAUUAUGAUUUAUAUUCAUAAAAUGUCCAGGAAAAAGGCUUAAUUUUUAUUUAUUUGAUGUAAUAUAUUGUAUAUUUACUUUAUUUUUAUUUAAAAAUAAAUAUUGUUUAAACUAUUUCAGUUAUAUUAUACUACAUUAGAUAAUUUUUUCAUUUCUGUCUUUUUCGUUUGUGCGUAUUUGCUCAUCCAAUAGCUUGUAUUCUUAUUGAUAAAUAUGCAGGAACAACACAACCUCGUUCCCGGGGUUGUCAGUCUUUUUUUAUUUAGACAUCCAUCCAAGUGUUGAAAACAUAACAAGCCCUGGGAAGGAGGUUGGUAACAAUGCAGGAUGAAGGAUUCAAUCUAAUGGGUAUAAUACUAAUAAAUGGCAAGUUUAUCCAAAUAGGCGGGUAUUUCAAUUUAACGAUUAAAGGAAAUUUAGCUUUUGAGACAUUUAAGGACGAAGUUGCAAAAAGUCGU